AGUGUCUAAUAUAAUAAGGGUUUUGACAUAUAUUUCAAUCCAAUCCAAUUUUUGGAUAUACCAGAAUGAAAAUUUGAGAGACCACAGUUUAUACUCGUCUAUGCUAACUGAAAAACAAACGCAACCUAAGAACCUAGCCAAAAAAUCGUUACCAAUUUACAACUGAGACAUCUACUUUCGCAUAUGCAAGACUUUGUAGAGUUGUUGCCACCAUUGCGAGAGUUGUCAACUAGCGCGUGUCUUCAUCUACAGUCUGCUUCUAGUCAUUUAUUGGGAUUUGCCAGUUUGUGUAAACACGAAUCCGAAGUUUUGUUUCCAUGGUUUUUACUGUUGCCGUAAAAGUACUGUGAGAUUCUAGCUCUGAACCUGUGUAAGCAUACCAGCCAAGGCACAAAUUUUGGAAAAGAUGUCUUCGGAAUCAUAUCUGAGUGAUGCUGAUGCACAGGCCGCCUGCGCCGUUCCUACGGAGGCCACCAAAGACUUCUUGUUUCAGCAAACCAUGUACAGAAUCAAAGACCCUCGAGCUUCACUUGACUUCUAUACUCGUGUUCUUGGCAUGACCCUCCUGCAGAAACUAGACUUUCCUGAAAUGAAAUUUUCUCUCUACUUUAUGGGCUACGAGAAUCCUGCUGAGGUUCCAUCAGAUCCAAAGCAACGGAGAGAGUGGACCUUUAGCCGAAAAGCGACUCUGGAGCUGACGCAUAACUGGGGCACCGAAAGGGACCCCAACUUUAAAGGAUACCACAACGGUAACUCGGAGCCCCGCGGAUACGGCCAUAUAGGUAUAAUGGUACCAGACGUUGCGGCUGCUUGUAAGCGCUUCGAUGAACUGGGGAUAGAAUUCAUCAAAAGGCCAGACGACGGCAAAAUGAAGAACCUAGCUUUUAUAAAGGAUCCCGACGGCUACUGGAUCGAGAUCUUCAACAAUAGGUUCCUCUAAAUAAAUUCGAGAAUCCACAAUACACAGUUAAUGGUUCUGAGGAGUAAACGUUCUCAAACGCUCAUCCCAACUUCUCGUUACAAUCAUUAAUAAAUCCAACAAAAACUCUAUUGUUUGCUUUAAGUGGGAAGUAUUUCCUAACUUCUAUCAAGGAUUAGAGAACGCAAAUGAAGACAAAAUUCGUUUGAAAUGUUAUUUGAUUUUUUGAAAUAAAAUAUGAGUAAGCAAGACUGCCGACAUCUUUGCCAACAUUGAACAACGCGAACGAAGCAUCAUAUGUGGAGACUUUUUGGCGUGACAAAAAGUGGUGGGAAAUGGCAGUAGAAAUGCCUUCCAACUAAAUCAAGUGCACAUAUAAGCCUAAAGGAACAAGAAUCAAGUACUAAAAAUGUCACAGUCUUAUAGGUUUGUUAUUACAAGGGUUAUUUAUUAGGUCUUUUUAUUUGACUUAGUAGAAAAUUUUAACCUGUGCCUGUUGGAAAUAUUAUGAAAGCUAAAUUUAGUUAGGGCUAGGAACGGAAUUCAAUUGAAGGAGCCAUGCUUAAUUUUAUGAAAGAUAAUUAGUACUGUAACAUGGCGAAAAAGAUAGAACUUGCUAAUAUUUUGAGCA